AUGAAAUCAGCACCACAGAAGACCAAUUUGGUGCAAUUCUUGACACCAUUAUCCUUGCAAAGGUGGUGGACAUGGCCUGCAUCUUUUCAUGUAUCCCGACUCGUUCAUACUAUCUCAGCUUUCAUUCGGGAGCUGCUGGAGCAAUGGACCAUGAAGUUGAAUGAACUUUACACAUUGCUUGGUGCAUAUAGGAACAGAUCAAUGCCAAGUCCAUGGGCAACUAACCAACAAGAGAAUGUCUAUCGUGAUAUUUGCCUCCUGGUGAACAACCAGAAGGAUGACAUGGUGAAAACUUUCAUUCGUAAAGAUAAGAUUCCCUUAGUAUUCAUGGUACUUGCUCUAACUGUUCUGGGGAACAUAUCUCCAUCUCGCUUACUUUACAGUGUCACGUGGGGCUGUUGGACAAGUGACACUGGAUUGACAAACUUCUUGACUGAGGCUGCACCAUUGAUCCAAGGUGACUCUGAGGGAGCGGAUACCUGGUUUUCUGAUGCAUUUGCUGCCCUUGUUCAGUGUAACCAAAUCCUUGGCCUGGAGGUUCAUGUAGGAUUGGCAAAUGUUGCUUGGCUUAAUAAUAGUUGA